GAAUGGGCGGAAGGGCAGCAUCUCCUUCUGACGGAAUGCGCGAGACUGUGCAGCCAGUGGCCGCAGUCAGGGUACAACACGAGCAAGUGGGGACCGAACGGCGCGAAACACUACUACGAACCCCAAUCGUACGGAAACCCAACGCACGUCCAAGAAGUGAUGGUCCGGCAAUCCCAGCUCGAGGCGGAUCUCCUCGUUUCCUCCGGUCUUUUCUACCCCUCCUCCCACUCUCGGUCUCACUCCCGCUUAUCAACAAGCACGACCGAUUCGGAAGACUCGGAGAGUAUCUACAAUUCCGCCCCUCCCUCGCCCACAGCGUCCGUCGAAGUGGCGCAGGAACUGCGAGCGGCCAUGGGCUCACCACUGCUGGGCUACACGUCCGGUGCCAGCUUAGUCAGCCUCUUGCUACCGCCCAUGCCUGAAUGUCUAAAUCGGACGACUACGGCGGGAACGGCAGAUGGGGAACGGAUGGAGAUUGAUACGGAUACCGAGACCUCCAUCUCGCUCAAUCCCUCGGUCGUUUCCCUUCUUCCCACGGAUGAGUCCUCACCAUCCACCUCCCUCGCCACGUCCGCCCUUCUCGAGCGGGCCGAGAAGGCAAUCACCAGACCUGCUCGGGCUCAAUCGUGCGGCUCCAAACGCCCUCUCUCGGCCCAUAUCCGCCCUCCCGGAGCGUCAUACGAAGAGGAGAAGCGCCGAAAAGUGGACGAGGCGGCCGUUGUCUCUGAAGCGGUCUCUUCUGGUGUCAUCGUGCCACCACCACCAUCCUCUGCCUCCUCUUCCUCCGCCGUCGCCCUAUCCUCAUCCUCGUCAACACCAGCAUCGACAGGUGUAGCGGAAGUCUUUGGCCACGUUGUCAAGACGAGCGAUACCCACCCCAUUAUCAUCUCCCCCUUCUUCCCUACCGAGAUGCUCGAGAUCCUGCGGGAUCAUAUGAUUCCUCCUCCGCCGGGCAAAACCGUCCAGCUCAAGUCCGGGAUCGAUGUUCCGGCUCUACUGCUUUCGCAGGCGCAUGGUCAGGCGGAAGGGCCCGCUGGUCAAGGGACGGUCGUACCCUCGCCGGUCGGCUCUUCUUUUUGGGGGGGCACUUCGAAUAGCGUGUCGAGCAAGAAGGGGUUCAAGGGGGAGAAACCAAAGUUGGGUAAUCUGCUGUUGAGCAGUUGUCCGGGGAAAAGGCUGAGGAUGGGCGGACCUGUCAAGGGUAGAGGACCGGUCUGUCGGGAUUUAAAGACGGAUCUGGGGAGGAUCAAAGCGGAGGGAGUGGGCUGUCUCGUCUGCUGUCUGGAUGACGCCGAACUUUUACUCUUGGGUACGCCCUGGGAGACAUAUCGCGAUGUAGCCAACGAACUCGGAUUGGAUGUUGUCCGUCUACCUAUGCCCGAUGGCUUUACGCCUUCUUCGCUCGCGCUCUUUGAUACCCAGGUGUCGAGGAUCUGUUCGGGAUAUACGCUGAAGGGCGUCAAUGUGCUCGUUCACUGCCGAGGCGGAGUCGGUCGAGCGGGCGUCACAGCCUGUGCUUGGGCCAUCAAGAUGGGCUUUGUCCAGCCCCACCCCAGCUUGGUUCUCGAGGAAGAAACGGCCAAGCUACCGGCCCAAUCAACGAAAGCAGCCGCAGAGCUCGAACAUCAGAUCGUCAUGUCCAUUGUGGAACGCGCUAUCGCCAUGAUCCGCUCAAGGAGGGGUCUUAAGGCGAUUGAGAGCUUUGAGCAGGUGCAGUUCCUGAAGGUGUACGUGGGGUGGUUGAGGGGGGCGGGGGCGGGGGCGGGAGGGGUGUAG